AUCCCAUUGCGACUGCGCAUUCGAGCAAGCCUGGCUCGAAGUAUGUGUUGAUGCAGGGCCGGCCAAACACACUUUUCAGCUCAACCUUUCCUGUAUCUUACACUGCGCAUCCCGAAUAUCCCGGCGAUCGAUCUUAAGUUCGUCUACAUCUCUGAUAACCGAGGAACUCCCAUGUUUCCACCAUGAGUAACUUCUUCGGACCUCCGGUCUCGCAAGAAGACCUCCAGCAACAGCUGGCGGACCAGGCCGCCCAGCAUGCCAGCCAGCCCGACGACCCCUUGUCUGCAGCGUCGGACACACUGAUGAUUGGAGGGGAGUCGCUCGAUGACAUUAUCCGCGAUAAUUCUCAUGAGCUUCUAAGGAGACGAAGCGUGCCGCUGGCAUUUCCCGGCCAGAUCCCUCAAGAUGCCGGCGACAGGAGAAUGUCGCUCAUGGAGUUUGGCGUGUCCAAUGACCCUCUCCAGGACUUCCAAUUCGGCAACCUAAACCCUGCCGGAGAUGAUUCGCUGCCAGGAACCUUCGGGAGCAUCGGAGACGGCAUCGGACUGGAAGACCAGCCUGCAGGCUUUCCUCAGUCGGGCAUGAUGGCCAUGUCAGAUCCGAGCUUUUCUAACCAUCCCUUAGAUUUGAUGAACAACAUGAUGGCUUUUUCGAACCUUAAUGUGGGACAAGUACCACCAAACCCAACCUCUAUGGGCCUCUUCAACCCCUCUAAUCUCCCAACCCAAUUUCGAAACAACUCACUGGCCCCCGUGGAUACGGAUUUCGCUAUGGAUAUGACCGGGGAGGAUGGCCCACUCAGUGCGCUGAGCACAAAUCCUGCGACUAGCCUUGACCUAGAAGGGAAUAAUGAUAUGAUGGGUGUCGAGCAACAGUAUAGCACUGCCGAUGAAUCCCGCACCCCUCAAAGCCAGCAGGAUCCGAGGAGUGAUCAAGGUCUUGGUUCGUUCCAGACAGGAGCGUCCUCUCUAUCGGGGAGGAUACCAGGCGCUCCGGGCUUCCCGUCGCCACCACCGCAGGCCGUUGCACAAAGCCUCCGGGUCCAGCCGACUGCUACUACUGCCCAGACAUCACCAGCUGCCGUUAUUCCGGCGACCAGUGGCCCAAGCCUUCGUGAUGGUAAACACAAGAACAUCUACUCGAAGAGCGGCUUCGACAUGCUUAGGGCCCUGUGGUACGUUGCCACGCGCAAGAACCCCGAGGUGCAGCUUGGCGCUGUGGACAUGUCCUGCUCAUUUGUCGUCUGCGACGUGACUCUGAACGACUGCCCCAUCAUCUACGCCUCGGACAAUUUCCAAAACUUGACAGGGUACAGCCGGCAUGAGAUCAUAGGCAAGAAUUGCCGGUUCCUGCAGGCCCCCGAUGGCAAGGUCGAGGCGGGCACGAAGAGGGAGUUCGUCGAGAACAGCGCCGUCUUCAAUAUCAAGAAGAAGGUUGCCGAGGGCAAGGAAGUGCAACAGGGCUUGAUCAACUACCGGAAGGGGGGGAAGCCAUUCUUGAAUCUCAUUACCAUGAUCCCCAUUCCCUGGGACACGGAUGAGAUCAGAUAUUUCAUUGGCUUUCAGAUCGAUCUUGUCGAGUGUCCCGACGCCAUCUCCGGCCAGGGCACGGGCGGGGUGAAGGUUAAUUACAUGCAUAGCGAUAUUGGGCAAUACAUCUGGACGCCGCCGGCUUCGAGCCAGUGGGAACCCGACAAUGGGCAAACCCUAGGCGUCGACGACGUCUCGACGUUGCUACAGCAGUACCACACAAGCGGCUCUGUGUCUGAUUGGCAUAAGCAGUCCUGGGAUAACAUGCUGCUCGAAAACAUGGAUGACGUGGUCCAUGUCCUAUCGCUCAAGGGCCUGUUCCUCUACCUAUCCCCCUCCAGCAAGAAGGUCCUUGAGUACGACAGCGCGGAUCUGAUCGGGAAUUCGCUGUCCUCGAUCUGCCAUCCCUCGGACAUCGUUCCGGUUACGAGAGAGCUCAAGGACACGGCCGCGGGAAGUCCAGUCAACAUCGUUUUCCGCAUUUGCAGGAAGCAGAGCGGUUACACCUGGUUCGAGUCCCGGGGGUCACUCUUCGUUGAGCAGGGCAAGGGACGGAAGUGCAUCAUCUUAGUCGGCAGGAAGCGGCCUGUAUUCGCACUACACAUGAGAGAUUUGGACGCAAACGGUGGGAUAGGAGACAGCGAAAUCUGGACGAAGUUGUCGACCUCGGGUAUCUUCCUCUUCGUCUCUUCCAAUGUCCGGUCAUUGCUCGACCUCCUCCCGGAGAACUUGGAAGGCACCAGCAUUCAGGACCUCAUGCGCAAGGAGUCGCGGCCCGAAUUCGGCCGCUCGAUAGAGAAGGCGAGGAAGGGCAAGAUCGUCUCUUGCAAGCACGAGGUCCAGAAUAAGCGAGGCCAGGUCUUGCAGGCGCAGACCAUACUCUACCCGGGCGACGCCGUUGAGGGCUCGAACGCCACAUUCCUUCUCGCACAGACUAAACUACUCAAAGCGCCGUCAAGGGCGAUUGCACCCGCGGCAUCAGGCAGUGGCAAAUCGGGCGUACCGGCAACAAGCGGCCCCUCGGAGGAAUUGGCAUAUCCUUCCGGGCCAAUGGAUACGGGAUCCGGCGGCAACAACACCCUCAAUAGAUCGGCCGCUAAUGGCGUCACGUCGGCAGCAACCGGUGGACUCCUAUCGCCCGGGUCGCAGGACGCCGUCUUAGCGUCGGACGAUAACAUCUUCGACGAGCUGAAGACGACGAGAUGCACCAGCUGGCAGUACGAGCUGCGUCAGAUGGAGAAGGUCAACCGCCUCCUGGCCGAGGAGCUGGCGCAGCUGCUGUCCAACAAGAAGAAGCGCAAGAGGAGGAAGGUCUCGGGCAACAUGGUGCGCGACUGCGCAAACUGCCACACGCGCAACACGCCCGAGUGGAGGAGGGGGCCGAGCGGGAACCGGGAUCUGUGCAAUAGCUGCGGCCUGAGAUGGGCGAAGCAGACUGGCCGGGUUUCCCCGCGCAACUCGUCCCGCGGCGGCACCGAUAACGGCCAGAGCGAGCAGUCGGGGUCAUCGAUCCACUCGUCUCCGCUGACGCGUGAGCCUGCGAAUCCGCCGCAGAGCAGGCCCCUCCUCGAGGGGGGGAGCGGCUUGGGCGGGAUUAGCAUGGAGAUGACGGCCAUCCGUGAGGAGCAGGAGACUGGUUCCUAGGAACCCCUCUCCCCUACCAGGAGCAAGGAGCAAGCCUCUCCCCCCCUUUUUUUUAUUUUUAUUUUUUCUUCUUCUUCUUCCUCUAUCGGAUUCGAUUAACGAGAUACCACGUUUCCCUUUCUGUUGCCUGAUCAGAAUGACAUCUCUUGCUCGGCAGUGCCGCGGGAAUUCC